AGGAGGGAAAUAGGUUUGGGGCGCCAGACGAAAGCCCUAACCAAAUCGCCAUGAAAGGGAAGCACGAGACUGAGAGCAAGAAGAAGGCGGACGACAAAGGCGGCUCCGAUGCGGGAGUCUUCGCUUCUUGCUCCUUCGCCGAUCUCGGGCUCCAUUCCACCUUAUGCCAGCACCUCCAAGAGAAGAUGGGGUUCCAAGUCCCCACACAGAUCCAGGCGCAAGCAAUUCCAGUCGUGAUCGCCGGACGGCAUGUGCUUGUUAAUGCUGCCACUGGCACGGGCAAGACAAUUGUGUACCUUGCACCGAUUGUCCACCUUCUCCAGAAGCACGAGCCUCGCAUCCAACGGUCCGAGGGAACCUUUGCGUUGGUGCUUGUGCCAACGCGAGAAUUAUGCAUGCAGGUUUAUGGAAUUUGCGAGAAAUUGUUGCAUCGUUUUCACUGGAUAGUUCCUGGGUACAUCAUGGGUGGUGAAAACAGGUCCAAGGAAAAAGCCAGGCUGCGCAAAGGAAUAUCUAUUCUAAUAGCAACUCCUGGGCGUCUUUUGGAUCACUUAAAGCAUACUCAAUCAUUCAUGUAUACAAAUUUGCACUGGAUAGUCUUCGAUGAAGCUGACAGGAUUCUUGAACUGGGGUUUGGUAAAGCAGUAGAAGAAAUACUUGAUUUUUUGGGUUCAAGGCAGAACAAUUCUGUUUGCAAAGAGGGUAAAGGAGGGAGGACUGAAAAAUUUUCAAGGCAAAACAUACUUCUGUCGGCAACAUUAAAUGAAAAGGUUAACCAGUUAGCUAACAUCAGCUUGGAGGAUCCAGUUGUGAUUGGUAUAGAUGACAAGAAUAAUUCUUCUGUGGUACCAAAUUCAUCAAUCAGUAAUUUUGCAUCUUUAAGAUCUGGUAUGGAUGGAGAUUUACAACAUUGUGACACAUUACCUAGUAAUUCACGGGACAGUUAUAAUCUUCCAUCUCAGCUAAUACAAAGAUAUGUUAAAGUGUCUUGUGGUUCACGGCUUGUUGUUCUUCUCUCUAUUCUCAAAAGCCUCUUUGAAAGAGAAAUUUCCCAGAAGAUUGUGGUUUUCUUCUCAACAUGUGAUGCAGUAGAUUUCCACUAUUCACUUAUAAGCGUGUUUCAGUGGUCUCCUGAUUUGCAAGCGGAGAGAAAUCAGAAACAACCAUUUGUCAGAUGCAAGAUAUUCCGUUUACAUGGUAACAUGGAGCAUGAUGAUCGGAGAAAAGUAUUUCAAAGCUUUAGCUCUGAAAAAUCAGCCCUACUUUUAUGUACGGAUGUUGCUGCAAGAGGGUUGGAUUUUCCAAAAGUAAAGUGUAUCAUUCAGUAUGAUUCUCCAGGCGAGGCUUCCGAGUAUGUUCACAGGGUUGGAAGAACAGCACGAUUAGGUGAGAAAGGGGAAGCAUUAUUAUUCCUUCAACCUGUUGAAGUUGAUUAUCUGCACGAUUUGCAGCUACAUGGUGUCUCAUUGAAAGAAUAUCCCCUUCAGAAGGUCUUAGACAGUUUUCUUUCGCAUGGCCAGAAGCUCAAUAGCAAAAAGUUGUUAUCUUUAGAUACACAUCCUUGGGUAUUAUUUCUGCAGAAGACACUUGAAAACUUUAUCGGAAACGAGUCCAAGACGAAGAAGCUAGCUAGGGAUGCUUUCUGCUCCUGGGUUCGUGCAUAUACUGCCCAUCGAGGUGAGCUGAAGAGGAUUUUCAUGGUAAAGAAACUUCAUCUGGGGCAUGUGGCAAGAAGCUUCGGGUUGAAAGAGCAACCUUCCUUGGUUGGAAGAUCACACCAGAUACAAGCACAGAAGAGGAAGAGGAAUCAGAUGCAAGGCAGGUCAUCUAAAAGGCAACGGGGGCUUUCUACAAAAGGUAAGCGAUUGUUGAAGCAGCUUGAAUCCAACGUUGCUGGAUCAUAGGGGAAGUUGGAGCUGGAACCCAUACUAGCCGUAAAAUGGAAUCAUAAAAUUUCUAUUAGAGGGCAGCGACCACAGCCAAAUACAAGACAGAGGAGAACUCAUAUACAUUUUGACACAAAAUAGUAGGCAUUUACAGCUGAAGUCUGCAAUGAUGUUGAAUAUAUGGAGUUGCCAUGAUUUCUAGUUGGAACUUCCAGCCACAUGAUUCUACUUGAUAUUCUGAUAACUUAGUUAUGAAUGAAUCUGUAGAGAUUUUUGUGCAUUCUCUCAGAUUAAUACCAAAUCAAAAUGUAGUAUUUCUGAUGUC